CACACAAGAAAGAGUUGCUCAAAUAGUAGUUUAAAUUUUUCCUGAUGGCUAAUCCAGGUUUUGCUACCACCUUAGCUAUUUGUCUGGCUGUGGUCACUGCAACUUUUGUUACUUAUUCUGAGGGUGCACCUCGUGCUUUUUUUGUGUUUGGAGACUCACUUGUUGACAAUGGCAACAACAACUACUUGGCAACCACUGCCCGAGCUGAUUCUCCACCUUAUGGCAUUGAUUAUCCAACUCAUAGUCCUACUGGCCGUUUCUCCAAUGGCUUAAACCUUCCUGAUCUUAUAAGCGAAAAACUUGGCGCUGAGCCAACAUUACCGUACUUGGACCCUGCGCUUAAAGGAGACAAGUUGCUAGUUGGAGCAAAUUUUGCUUCUGCUGGAAUUGGAAUCCUUAACGACACUGGGAUACAGUUUGUGAAUAUAAUAAGAAUCCACGAUCAACUAGACUUGUUCCAACAAUACCAGCAGCGGGUGAGUGGUGUUAUAGGGGCCGAACAAACAAAGCGGCUAGUGAAUGAUGCGCUUGUCCUAAUUACUCUGGGUGGCAAUGACUAUGUCAACAACUACUUCCUAACACCAAUUUCCCCCAGACAAAUUCAGUAUAACAUCCAGGAUUACUCUCGUGUCGUUAUUACCGAGUACCGCAACAUUUUGACGAGACUACAUGAUCUUGGAGCUAGAAGAGUCCUAGUGACAGGAACUGGACCACUUGGCUGUGUCCCAGCAGAGCUAGCCAUGUGGAGCUCAAAUGGGGAAUGUGCUAAGGAACUUCAACAAGCUGCAAAAAUUUUCAACUCUCUCCUUGUCCAAAUGACUAAACGUCUCAACCAACAACUGUCCUCUGAUAUCUUUGUUGCUGUCAAUGCCAUGGAAAUGCAGAACGACUUCUUCACCAAGCCCAAAGAAUUUGGUUUUGUUACAUCAAAGAUAGCAUGUUGUGGACAAGGACCUUACAACGGACUUGGACUAUGCACAACUGCAUCAAAUCUAUGCACCAACAGAGAUGAAUAUGCGUUUUGGGAUGCUUUCCAUCCAACAGAAAAGGCGAACAAGAUCAUUGUUAAAACUAUUCUUACUGGUUCUGACAAGUACAUCACACCUAUGAAUUUAAGCACCAUUAUGGCCAUCGAUUCUCUCUAGAACUACAACUACUUCAACAAUUUGGUAUCAAUACUCUUACGGGCCCAAAAGUCUAGUUGAUAUCAAUCAAAUAUGUGCCUUGUUCUUCCGGGUUCAUUUGUUUUUCUGUAUGAUAAGCGCAAUAAAGUGAGAUAUUUUAGAAUUAAGUUUGUUGAAUUCUAUUUGGUCGAAGACAUAAA